UUUCUCAAGUGUACCCAGAGUACCUCCGCAGCAGCAGCGGCAAUCUACUGUGCCCCAUCAUCUGUCUUGAGCGGGGUUCCCGAUAUUGUCCGCAUCAUGGCUGCCGUGUACGCGAACAUGCAGCCCCAGGAGGAGCUGGUGGCCCUGUUCCGCCGCAACCUCACCCUAGACCCCAUGUGUCGUCCAGCACCCGUACCCGCACCGGCUCCCGCUCCCGUGCCGGCCCAGCAGCCUCAGGAGGAACGCAAAAUCGUCUACAUCUCGCAGCACUACACCCACUCAGCGCACGUAGCAAAACAGAAUGCCCAACAAUCACGCCCCAGUUCAGAACCACCCGAGAGCGAGCACGCCCUCGUAGAACGAGUGCUUCGGGAGCACAGCGUCGACCCCGCUGGUCUCUCACCAGCCCAGCUCCACCUCUUCAAAACCGUCGACACCCCUGAGAAGUUCCGCCUCCUCGAGCUCUGGCGCGCCUGCCCACCUACCAACAGCAACGACAAUCCAUUCCUCACCUGGAGCACGACAACCGUCGAUCAAGAAGAGGUUCUGGCCCGGCUGCGCUUCGAGCAGCAACAGCAGGAGCUCAUCGACCAGCAACUUCAGCAGGAGUUCAGCAUGAGCGACUCGCCCGAGCCGGAGGCUAACUCGGAGUCCGAGACGAUCAUGUCGCUCGACGGCACCCCGCUAACGCCCAUCCAGGCGGGCGACGGCCGCUGGAUCGCUGCUGCCGCGUCGUACCACUACAUGGAGCCCUACAUGGCGUCGGGAUACGAGGAGAUGGCCCGCCGUGAGUACGAAGAGUCCGUUCGCAGGGCGUAUGCUGAGGCUGUGGCGCCGCCCACUAAGGAGACGACCGAUUCGCUCGGGUGUGUUGCCCUCGUGGACAGCGCUGGGGGUAUGCCGACUUUUAGCCCCGCGCACGCCGAUCCCGUGUACAAGACGACAAAUGUCGGGAUGGAUCAUUGGAGGAGGGAGGCGGCCAUGGCGGAUCAGUAUGGGCGGAUUAUGGCCAUGAGGGAGGAUGAGGAGAUGUUGUGACUUCUAUAUUUGG